GCCAGGCUACAACGCUGGGGUCGACAGAAUUACUGCGGCUAUCAUGUGAGGAUCCGGUCGCUCAAAGAGACUCGCAGCGCUGACGUUUAUGUGUUAACCGUCCUGUGAGGAAAGUUUGUGACUUCCACUACCGACAUAUGGUGAUAAAUCCCGGAGGACUUUGGCGGGACUACUCUCAUUUCAUCGGCGGUUUAUUUUAAUGGACUCCCCGGUCUACAGUGUUUGAGCUUCUCCCAUGACUGCUCAGCUGAACCCUUCCCAGACACACUCAGUCAUAAUCCUAUCAGGCAUUCAGUGGAGCUGGAGGAGGAAAAUAUCUUUGUUGUGGAAACAAAAAGGACGAUGCACAUCAUGGCUUUUGCAAGACCAGGAAGGGUGAUUCAAGACUGAUGCACAAAACCAGCUGAGCAUGGUGGCACAUACAUCAUAGGAAUCCAGUACUGAGUGUGUGGAAGUGUGGAAGGAGUGAUCGGGAGAGGGAAGCAGGGGAGGAAGAAGAGAGGAAGUAUUAGGGGAGAUUACCAUCAGAACAGAUGGGUGAGACAGAGGAUGAACGUACAGCACAGGCCAGCCAGCUCUUUGAGAACUUUGUUCAGGCAUCCACCUGUAAAGGGACCCUGCAGGCCUUUAGCAUCCUCUGCAGGCAGCUGGAUUUGGAUCCUCUGGACUAUGGCAACUUCUACAGCUUGCUGAAGGCCGCAGUCAGCACAUGGAAGGUCAAGGCUCUGUGGACCAAACUGGACAAAAGGGCACAGCACAAGGUCUACAACCAGAAUAAAGCCUGCCAGGGCACCAGGUGUCUGAUCAUCGGUGGGGGUCCUUGUGGAUUGCGAACAGCCAUCGAACUGGCCCUGCUGGGCUGCAAGGUUGUGGUGAUUGAGAAGAGAGACACCUUCUCCAGGAACAACGUGCUCCACCUCUGGCCCUUCACCAUUCACGACCUCAGGGGCCUCGGAGCCAAGAAGUUCUAUGGCAAAUUCUGUGCUGGCUCCAUUGACCACAUUAGUAUCCGUCAGCUCCAACUGAUGCUGCUGAAAGUGAGUCUGAUUCUGGGAGUGGAGAUCCAUGUCAACGUGGAGUUUGUCAAACUUGCUGAGCCACCAGCAGAGCAAACUGAUGACAGCCCUGGGUGGCGAGCAGUGGUCCAGCCUUCCAGCCAUCCUGUCUCAGACUUUGACUUUGAUGUGGUGAUUGGAGCAGAUGGACGCAAAAACACAUUAGACGGUUUCAGUCGCAAGGAGUUUCGUGGUAAGUUAGCCAUCGCUAUCACAGCUAACUUCAUCAACAGGAACACCACUGCAGAGGCCAAAGUGGAAGAAAUCAGUGGUGUGGCUUUCAUCUUUAACCAGAAGUUCUUUCUGGAACUCAAGGAGGAGACAGGAAUUGACUUGGAGAACAUAGUUUACUACAAAGACAACACCCACUACUUUGUCAUGACAGCAAAGAAACAGAGUCUGCUGGACAAAGGGGUCAUCAUCAAUGACUACAUAGAAACAGAGCGACUGCUCAGCCCUGAAAAUGUCAACCAGGAAGCAUUGCUCUCUUAUGCCCGUGAGGCAGCUGACUUCGGCACAAACUACCAGUUGCCAUCCCUGGACUAUGCCAUCAACCACUAUGGGCAGCCAGAUGUGGCCAUGUUUGACUUCACCAGCAUGUAUGCUUCAGAGAAUGCUGCUUUGAUCAGGGAGAAACAUGGACACCAGCUAGUAGUUGCACUGGUGGGAGACAGUCUACUUGAGCCCUUCUGGCCAAUGGGUACAGGUUGUGCUCGGGGUUUUCUGGCAGCCUUUGACACAGCCUGGAUGGUGAGGGGCUGGGCACAAGGAAGGAGCCCUCUGGAGAUACUGGCUGAGAGGGAGAGUCUUUACAGACUGCUGCCUCAGACCACCACAGAGAACAUCAGCAAAAACUUUGAACAAUAUGCCAUUGACCCUGCCACCCGCUACCCCAACCUCAACUCUAGCUGUGUGCGCCCACACCAGGUUCGUCACCUGUAUAUUGAUGGCCAACAGGACUCAUGUAACCUGGAGAGUGGUGGCCCCAAGCGUAGAUCAGUCAACCUGUCCAGAAGAGAGUCUGAGGUGCGUCCUGGCCGGCUGCUGACCUGGUGUCAGAAACAGACUCAAGGCUACAGAGGGGUCGACAUCACCAACCUCACAUCUUCCUGGAGAAAUGGCCUUGCCCUCUGUGCUCUCAUACACCGCCAGAGGCCUGAGCUCAUUGAUUAUGAAUCCCUGAACGAGGACGAUGUGGCUGGCAACAACCAGUUGGCAUUUGAUUUGGCUGAGCGAGAGUUCAGCAUCCAACCAGUGACUACAGGAAAGGAGAUGGCUGCAGAGGCUGAACCAGACAAGCUACUAAUGGUCCUCUACCUCUCUAAAUUCUACGAGGCCUUUGGGAAUUUGCCGGUAAACAAUGGUACAAGAGAACCUGAUGAAAAUAAUGAAGACUAUUCAUCUAAAUCCAACCACAAACUGCCAAACCUGCCUCUGCCCAGGAAGAGGAUACCCAGGGAUGACAAGACAGUGGAAGAUGAUUCUAUUAACAAGAGACGGCGAAAGGGCAGCCACUACCUCUCAGAGUUGUCUUGUCACAGUGCACUCCCUAGUGGUGAAGAUGGAGAGCUGCGGGAAAAUAAGGUCCGUUCCAUGGCAACUCAGCUGCUAGCCAAAUUUGAGGAGAACUCCUCAACAGCAAAGACGCGCAGCAAGUCUGAUGAGGACCAAUCCAGUCAAUCCUCUUCUCCUCCUCUGUCUCCUUCCACCACCCCACUUCCUCUCUCAGAUGAGGAUAAUGAUGAGGAAGAAAGGGAGGAGGGAGAAAACCCCCGUUUUGCAAAGCCCAAAGACAACCCCCCUCCUCCUCUGCCACCUGCCCGUCCCAAGUGGCAGCCUUCUAUCUACCUUCGCUUACUGGAGAACUCUAGCUCUUGCUCUCCUUCCCCUUCAUGCUCUAAGAGUCCAUCAGGUCCUCCCUGCUCACCCAGCCCUAAUGUUCCUGAGCAUUACUACCCAGAACGCACCUCUCCUGACCCUGCAACCAGUCAUUUUUCUGCUUCUACUCUCUCAAGUAUAGAUGAUUCUGCUGAGGGGUCAGAGGAGUCAAUGCAGCAGAGUAAAGCGCAGAAAAUGUCUACUAGAGAAUUUUCUAGGAGGAGUAUAAAGGAGAGAGCUGUCCUCCUCUCCUCCAUGUUUUCUGGGUCCAACAAGCCCACUCCUGCCCCUCUCUCUCCUCCUGCUGAGUCACAGGUGGAAGUAUAUACCCCCUCCCCUCCUUCUCCAUCCCCACCUUCUCCCUCUGCCUCUGUUCCUAAGAGCUCUGCUGUCUACCUUGUAGUCCACCCUGUGCCUGACCCCACCUCCCAGGCUGGCUUCUCCUCUGUCUCUUCUCCUCUGUACACUUCUGGACACAAGAACCAGAUGCAGAGAGUCUCCUCUGCUCCCUUGUCUUAUAUUAACUCUGAAAAAACAAAGCAGAUAUCUUCUCUUAAUGUUGAUUCAUCCACACUCAACAACAACAAAACAUCCAGUCCCCUUUCUUUGCCCAUCUGUGACGAGAGCCAGGGGCUCUCCUCUACCCUCUAUGACAGGAAGUGUGAAAAUGGACACAGCAGCUCGUCUUCACUGCACAGCUAUGAGAGGAAAUAUGAGAGUUCACUGAAUGAUCAUGAAAAUGAUCAGGAGAAGUUCAACAAAACUGCUCAGGAGACAUUUGAUGAUGUGAAAUUAGCUGAACAUGUUCACAUGAAGUGGAAUGGGAGCUGCGCUCUUGAGAAUGCCAGAAGAAUCACCCAAAAGUCACUUGCUUGUUCUGACAGUUGUCCGACUGGAGCUCCUAGUUACAUUAAAGAGCGCACAGUUGGAAAGGUAUCAUCAGCCAUAGAUGCUAAAGCUCAGAUACUGGCCAUCCUCUAUGAGACAGACCACAGGCCCAAUGCCACGCUGGCUCUGGUUCCGUGGCCUGGGAGGGCUCCUAAUGCUAAAGGGUCGGUGGUACGUAAGGAUUUCGCUGCUGGGCUUGGCGGCAGCGACAUCUGCCACUUCUGCACCAAGCGUGUGUAUGUGAUGGAGAGACUGAGUGCUGAGGGCUAUUUCUUCCACCGCGAGUGUUUCCGCUGUGAUGUCUGUAACUGCACCCUCCGUCUGGGAGGACACACCUUCGACUCACAGGAAGCAAAGUUCUACUGUAAGAUGCAUUAUGCCCAGCGUCAAUCCAGCACUCACUUGGGCAGAUUCAGAAGGAGAAUGGAAGACCAAAGCCGUGCCACACCCUUGUCACUGGACAGUGGGAGCUACUCAGAGACAGGCAGCAUCCAGAUUCAUCCCCCAGGCGGAACAUCCAGCUUGCAUUCAGAGCAGCUUGAUAAAGGUCAAAAAAGAGUUCCUGAAGACACAGAGAUUGCUGUGGACGCUUUGGACGCUUUAUGCACUGUAAAGUCCACAGCACAAGACACCAUGGGGUCCAAUGGGCAAAGCCACAACAGUAAAAAAGAUCAUUGUAACACUAAACAGAAUAAUCGAUGGAAAAGGAAGAUCCGUGCAACUUUCCCUUUGAUCUUCAUCAAGCACUUCCAGAAAGGCCGGCCACUGGACAAAGAGGGACCAGAGACUGUACUAGAAGCCGACUCUGACUUUGAGGAGAUCACUGCAGCUGAAAAACAAACUAGCUGUGAUGGCAGUUCCAAGACAUCAGCAAAUACCCAGAACCUUUUGGAGGGAAGUGAGAGGAGUGAAGAACACUCAGCUGCAAAAAAGACAGCCUGCAACUUGUCUCCACCAAAGACAUGCUUAAUGAUAUCUCUUUCUGAGAGAGAGAAGCUUUUGAACUGGAACAUGGAGGUCACAGAAGAAAGUCCCAUUAACACAGACACCAAGACUACACAGCAACAUAAAGACCAGCUACAAGCAGAGACAGAAGCAGAUAAGCCCCAUACAGACUCGGGCCAGGAUGGAGAACCAUCUCAGAGCCAAAGCCCUGCCUCCUCACACUCAGCCUUCCAGCUUAUAGCCAAUGCCUUCAGGAGGACAUUUAGUGUGACCAAUCCUUCCAGCAGCUCCAAGACUGCAGUUACAAUGAGACCUAAAAGUGGCGGCCCCCACAAACAGAGGCCCAUGUCAGAGGGAGCGUUCAGCUUUAGCUCCCUCUUCAGCACUGUGGGUCUGGAGCCAUCCAGAGAGAACAAGGCUGGCGAGCACGAAGUACGGUGGGCAUCUGUAGGUACUGAUCCAUGGGGGACUGGGCAGGACCUGCCCUCUCUGCUGCAGCAGGUCUCUCUACAGGGCCGGAGAGACUCUGGAGGGGUGUUCUCUGAUGAUAUGGGCUCACUGCCUCGCAAGAGAGUUAACUUUUUCUCUUCCCUGAGGCUGAGGAAGAGAGAGCUGUCAGUGAGUGAGGGGAAGGAUCAGGAGGUUCAAAAGGAAAUCAGGACUAUCCUCACCAACCUCAGAGACAAAGCCUCCAGUCAACAGAAUCUAGAAGAGCUGUCCUCUAGUGAUGAUGAAAGAGAAAACCUGUCAUUCAGCCAGAAGCUGUGUACAGAGAGACAGAGGAGGAAGCAGGAGAAGACAGUGGCACAGCAGACUAAAAGAGAACAACUGAAGAGACUUCACAGAGCACAGGUGAUCCAAAGACAACUGGAGGAAGUCGGAGAAAAACAGAGAGACCUUGAGGAGAGAGGAGUGGCUAUAGAAAAGAUCAUAAGAGGAGAAACAGAAUCAUCUCAGACAGAUGACAGUGAUGAGGCUCAGCUCUAUCAGUCCUGGUUUAAACUUGUUCUGGAGAAGAACAGAUUGGCGCGCUAUGAGUCUGAACUCAUGAUCUUUGCCCAGGAGCUUGAACUGGAGGACACACAGAGUCGGUUGCAACAAGAUCUACGAUGCAGAAUGGCAAUAGAGGAUACAAAGAAGAGUGCCUCUGAGCUCCAGGAGGAGCAGGAGAUCCUGUCAGAGAUUAUGAGGACUGUGGAGAAACGAGACAUAUUGGUCUCAAUACUGGAGGAGCAGAGACUAAAGGAGAGGGCUGAGGACAGGGACCUGGAAAGCCUUGUGCUGUCCAAGGGUUAUGAGUUCCACUGGGCCCAGGCAGAUGACAGCUGGGGUCUGAGGGUUGAAUCUUGAGCACCUCUGUAAUGACGAGGAGGAUGGGAAGUAAAGGGUACAAAAGUAUUGUAACUCUACACAACACUAUUUUUAAGAAACAGGGUAAAAUGCUACCUUAAUAUUUUGUGUCUGGCUUAUUCUCUUAAGAAUCAAAAAAGAAUGUUGUGACCAAAUGUCAUGAAAGUUGAGGUAUUUAUUCAGCCUAAAGACAACAGCUUCACCUUGUCAUUCUCCUUCACUGUGUACUGGUAUACUGAGCUCAGAGACUAAAGAAGAAUAGCAAUGGAGCCUGAGCUAAUGACUUCCUUUACAGCCAUGAGGGCUAAUACCAUCACUGCCAUUAAGGUUAUUUGACUUCUGUGUGCUGAAUUGUAAUCUGUCAUGGGCCAGGCUGACAUUGACCUGAAAAUGAAUGUACAAUAUUAUUAAUAAUAUAAUAAUGUGACAGACUGCUUUGUAAAAUGUAUGCACACCUCAUAAACCAAACUGACUGCCUAAUCAACUGCUUUAUGUGGUUGUUUGCCUUAAAAGUGGAACUGCUGUGAUUUAUUACUACUGUAACACGAUAUAGCCUCACUGGAUAGCACAUGGAACGACUCCACACUUUUCCUUAAGUUUUAGUGUUUUGCAUAAUGUGGAUUGUUUUAACGCUGUGUUAUAAAUCCAGAAAUUUACUUUAUGUAAUUCAUUGUUAGUUGUUUUGUAAGUGUUUGUGUGAAUACAGCUCUCUUGUGUGUAUUUUAAUUUCAAUUUUUCACUUUGUGCUGGAACACUGUCGAUUAAAAUGUAAUUGUAUUUACACCCAGACACAAAUGAACACAGCUGGUCAGAUGUAUGGUCAGGUGACUAAACAUUUCACCCUAUUUACUCCUUUGUGACACUAGUUGUCACAUAAUUCAAGCCUGAAUCACAGGGCAGAAUACUGCACAGGUUGAAGCUUACUUCAUGCUGCCUAUCUAGUUGCACCCCAGUCAGUGACCCCUGUCUUCCAUCAGCUAUGAAGUCAUAAGUUAUUUGCUCUCCACCUGCUGUGAAAUCACUGACCAGGGCAUGGUCCAAGGUGUUACAUGCCUGAAAGUUUUAAUGCAAAGAAGGCUGUUUUAUGCUCCUAGUUCAGAAAGUAUUACUCUGUGACUAACUACUGUCAGGCAAACUGUGAUUGCUCUCUUUUGCUUAACCUACUCAUAUGGGCUGUGAGUCAAAGAGACGGGUUUAUCUCCAUGAGCAGAAGAAUAAUGUGUUUACACAGAUUUUGGGGGCCCACUCUUCUCAUUUGGUCUGUGGGCUUUACAUGUUAUAUUUGAUUAUGGUGUGAAUUAACAAACACUAAAUUCAGAGUAGGUUAUGUUUUCAGGAUAAAGACUUAACUUUAUGACGUUUCCAUACAUUUUGGUUUCAUGCUGCUUCAACUUUUGUGAAUGAAAAAAGAAAUAAAAUGAAUUUCAAUUCUUGAUA